AUGACGCUCGUCCGAAACUCCUCCAAAAAGCGAUCACUAUUAGGACAAGAUUCCGACACAGUAUCUGUCGACCCUACCUGGCAGCCUAAAACGCUCAACGGUGAGCCCAACUCGAAGCGCCUGUGGGCAAACCUUCGCACGAGCCAACUGUUAGACCAAGCCGUCAUCGAUGGUGAUAGCAGCGCUGCGGCCACCGAAGCUACGAGGCUGGCUCUGAUUAACUCCUUCGUUACUAAAUACACAUGUCUCGCCGUGGACAUUGUGAUUCCAUACACCGCGUCAACUGCUAGUGAUCCGCCAACAGUCCCGGUCCCUUCCUCUACCGUUUCUCCUUCGACAUCUGGUCCUUCUGGCCCCCCAACAGGCCGACCUGGUCCGCCAUCGCCUACCGGCCAACCUGGUCCACCACCACCUACUGGCCAACCAGGCCCUCCAUCACCUACCGGCCGACCUGGCCCGCCAUCACCUACCGGCCGACCUGGCCCACCAGGUCCACCAUCGCCUACAGGCCAGCCUGGCCCGCCAUCGCCUACCGGCCAACCUGGCCCGCCAUCGCCUACCGGACGGCCUGGCCCACCAGGCCCUCCUGCUCCCACUACCUCGCCGGGUGGAAAGGGUGGUCAGAAUAUAGUCAGCAUUGGGUCGGUUACUAUCGGCAACCUCUCUGUAAAUGGCCCACUUAUUCAGUUUAACAUGCGCUAAAACGGUGAUGUCUAAAAGAGAACGCCAUUAAAGACAAGGAGCAUGAUGUGCCCCAAAACAAA